GCAUUCUUCACUCUAAGAAUCCCGCUGAAAACAUAUUAUACAAAGCCUCCAAAUAACAAUCUUGGCCUUGCCCAACCUAGUCUCCACUCAUCCACAAUGAAGCUCUCCACGGCGAUCACAGCUUUUGGCCUCGUUUCCACCGCCUGGGCUCAAACAGCCGUUGACACUAUCGCAACUGUCGCCGCUAAUCUUGAAGAAACCCUUCCACAGUACGAGACUGCUGUCGUCGCGAGUGCCAAUGCGGUCGAAGACGCAGCCAAUUCCGUGGCUCUCCUCGCAGCCGAGGCUCAGCUCGUCGCCGGUUUGACCGCGAUCGACACGGCCUUGACCAGCGCCGAGACUCAGAUCGCGGCCGUGACGGUCGGGGCCGCGGGCGGUGUCACUGGCGCCGCUACCGGGCUCACCCAGACUGACAUCAACACCCUCACGACGGCCACCCAGAACAUCGUCACCGCCCUCCAGGGCAUCAGUGCGACCGUCACACCCAUCUAUAGCCUUGGUGGUAAUGCUCAGGCGACUGCAGCCACCGAGCUUGCGGUGCUUGCGGCCACAGUCCAGCCAUUUGUGGCGCCCCUGCAGGCUUAUCUCGCUGCUGUUCUCCAGAGCUACGCGGGUGGUAGCGUCGACGUCACCGGGCUGGGGGCUGCUCAGACGGCUUUACAGAAUGCGGUCACCAGUGUCAUUAAUACCAUCGGUGCUUAAUCGAAUGGUUUAAAGCUUGGGUUGAGCUGGCGGAAUACUGGUGACGGGUGGCUCCCCGGGGUGGGGGGGUCCCUUUGGCUGGUGGUGAUGCUCAUGCAGCUUCGGAAGAGUCUGGGAGGAGGCAUGGAGUGAUUUCGUUAGGUCAUUGUGUUCGUUUCACACAGCUCUCAACAGCAAGAACAGUAGUACUAGCAGCAGCAGCAGCAGCACCGAUGAAGACAUGGGCACCACUCAACUUGGUUGCUCGUGAACUUCACCAAAUCGCAAUUGUCGAUGAACAGGGCAUAUCAAUUCUUCCGUUGCGUG